CACCACGUGACGCAAAACAGCACGUGAAGAAAGAACCGCUGUUUCAACAGCAGCAAAGCUAUGUCCGUCAUGAGGACACAGGUAGACGUGAUGUGCUGUAAAUCAGUAGGAACGGAUCUGUCCAUGCUGGAUAUUGAUGAUUUAAUGACAGAAAUCUCUCAGCUGAAGAAAGAGGUGGCGUUAUUGGAGGCAAAGCUCAGCGAGAGAGACGAACUGAACAGAAAGGAUGUAUCUGGUGUGUCUGUAACAUCUCCAGAGCUUCUGGUUUCUGUCUGUAAUGAAGAGGAGAAACCAUCAGUGAAUCUGCUGGACUGCAAAAUGGAGCUGAAAACAGAAAUCACUGAAACAGAAGAACAGACAGAUGAAGCUGAUUUGAUUCAUCCAGACCUGAUGAAGGAGGAAAUUACAGAACCAAAUGAAAUGGAUGAGAAACCUCAUUUUGUAACUGGACAAGAAUCUCCGAACUGCUUAAAGACUGAUACGAAUUUUUCACCAAAAAAAUCUCAAGGAGAAACAAACAAAGAUUCCCCUAUGUGCCAACUGUGUGGAAAGACCUUUAUGUGUAAAAAAUAUCUUAACCAUCACAUGAAAAUUCACACUGGAGUAAAGCCUUAUAGAUGUGACCAGUGUGGAAAGACCUUUGCACGUAAAUACACUCUUAAUGUGCACAUGAUAAUUCACACGGGAGUAAGGCUUUACAAAUGUAACCAGUGUGGAAAGACCUUCAAUCGUAAAUCCCACAUGAACGAUCACAUGAAAAUUCACACUGGGGAGAAGCCUUACAGAUGUGACCAGUGUGGAAAGAGCUUUGCACGUAAAUUCACUCUUGAUGUGCACAUGAGAAGUCACAUUGGAGAAAAGCUUUACAGAUGUAACCAGUGUGGAAAGACCUACGUUUGUCAAGGCAAACUUGAUAUGCACAUGCUCGUUCACCCUGAAGUAGAGCCUUAUGGUUGUGACCAAUGUGGAAAGACCUUUCAACAUAAAUUCCUCCAUGAUACGCACAUGAGAAGUCAUGCAAGAAAAAGGCCUUACAAAUGUGAUUUGUGUGAAAAGACCUUCACUCGUAAAUCCCACAUGAACGAGCACAAAAGAAGUCACACUGGAGAAAAGCCUUACAGAUGUGAUAAGUGUGGAAAGGUCUUUUCACGUAAUAGCAACCUUACUAAGCACAUGCGAGUUCACACUGGAGAAAAGCCUCACAGAUGUGAUCAGUGUGGAAAGAGUUUUGUGUGGGCAGAUAGUCUGAGAACUCAUCUUCUGUGUCAUUCUGGACUGAGACCAUUUCAGUGUGAACAGUGCAGUAGAACAUUCAUUUCUGUACGUUACCUGAAGAAGCACUUGAGGACACAUGUAGGUGUGACUAAUGACUAAACACAAGAAAACACACACAGGUGUGACAUCUCAUAUGUGUUUUGAGUGUGGAAAAGCCUUUACUACAGCUAGCCAAUGAAAACAGCAUCACAUAUUUCAGUCGAGACAGAAACUUCACCCCUGCUCCUCAUGUGGACGGAGUUUCAGAGAAUCAAGACGUCUUGUGACCCACAGGAAGAUGUGUUGCAAAGACAACAAAAAUCAUCCUUAAGAAACCGUUCAGACAAGAAGAUCCCUAAGAGCUUCUGCUCUAGUCUGCUAAUACUGGUCUAGCUGGUCAUUGCAUAACUCUGCAAAAAAGUUUUGGAAUGCUAGAUCAGCAAUUUUUAUGCUUUAUAUUUAUAUACUGUAUAUAUUUCAUAAAGUUCUGGGUAACUAUGGGCCAAUAAAUAAGUGGUUUGUGUGCUUUGGGACCAUCUUAUACAAAGAAAUGUCUGUGUUUACUGAUGGCCAAAGCCUUUUGAACCAUACGUUGGACCAGCUUGGCAGGGUUGCCAGAUCUGUGAAACGAAAUCAUUCAUCCCGAGCCUAACGUCUCUAGUCCAAAUAACAGAACUAAACAUUCAUAAAUAAAUAAUCUUAAGAUUGACCCCUAAAUAACACAAUCCUUCGACUGUUAACAGUACAAAUCUUGCCUUUUUUCGUUUCCCAAAGACCCUGACGUGUAAUUAUUUACAAAAGUGUAAAAAUAUUGUGUGUUUGGAAGUGGGACUUAUGUUAUCUUAUGCACCUGCUACCUUUAACUGGGUUUUCAGUCUAGGAACCUUAAUUCAUUUUAGGAACUGCAGGUCCUAUAGCCAUGGAAAGCAUAAUAAUGAUUUAUAUGAAUAUGACACUAAGUUAGAAUGAGCUUAUUAAAUUCAUUUGCUGCAUUAAUUUCAUUGAUAAC